AAAUAUUCCUAUUUAUUUCAUCUCCAAUUUACUCUCCUCACACCAAAAUAUACUUGAGUAAUUGAGUUACUCUAAAUUCACCUUAGUCCACACUCAAAGAACAACAACUUCAUCCUCAAAUACCAAACAAUUUUUCCUUAUUCCCCACAAAAACAAAGUUUUCUUAACAUGUCUUUACAAGAACAACCAAUGCAGCAGCAACAACAACAGCAGCAACAGCAGCAGCCGGUUCAGGUUUAUCCAACCACUGUCACAUACCUAUCACCACCUGAACCUGACCACCAUUCAUCAAAUGGAUCAUUUGGGUCAGUAUUUGUUGUCUUAGCCGUCAUAAUAAUAAUCUCUGCUAUUGCCUGUUGUCUUGGAAGGUUCUGCAGCCGCCGCGGCAACGGAAAAAGCCACAGUCAGAAACAUGUUAAACCACAGAAACAGCAGCAGAAGCAGAACCAGAACCAGAACCAACACUCACGUCCAAAAGAAGUUGAUAUUGAAUUUGGAUUUGACAAAAAAAUUGCAGCUUCUAAGCCUAUGAAUAAUGGACAUGGAGGAGGAGUCAGGAUGCAGAAGCCAGUUUCUCAUGGUCAUCAUGAUAUGAAGAGUUUUGAAAUAAAGCUGGGUCCUCCUCCUCAAGGAAAGUUUAGGCAAGGUGCAUAAUGAGGGUUGUUAUGUGGACAUGGUUCAUUUUCUUAAUUAUUGUAACCAUUUUCAUCACUAUUAACAUUUUGUUGCUAUUUGUUUUCUCUGAUUUUCUGUCUCUUAGAUUUCAAGAUGCAAGAUGAAAUGUAUAAUGAUCUUUUCUA